ACAAUGGUGACAAGCCGUUGCCCAGAGCUGUGCCCUGCUAAAGUGACUCAGGGCAGGCGGCAUCCUGCGGCCUGAGAGCACUGUGUUUCCACGCCCACGAAAGGGCACCGACUCGAGGGCGCCGGGUCUCCGCGGGAUCCGAGGGUCCGAUCUCCGAGCCCGCGGGGAGGGGGCCGGGCACUGAGCCCUGGGAGGGUUCCAGCGGCGACACCGUCGCCGUCCCGCUCGCCCUGCCUAAUCAAUACCUCCGUCCUCGGGGCCGUGACCCUGAUUCCGGGGAGGAAUCGCAGGCGGGAGGGACGAGGCUGCGGCGCAGACGGCAGGCACACGCGCCGAGGAACAUGUCUCCGAGCCGCGCGCGCCUCUGGGUGCUGCUGGCCCUGGGCGCCGGCCUGGCGGGCUGGGGCGUCCGCGCGGGCCCGGCGGGGGUGCUCCGGGAGUUCUACGUGGCCGCGCAGAGCGUCACCUGGACCUACCGGCCCGAGCCCUCAGAUCCCAGUUUGAAUCCUUUUUCACCUUCCUUUAAGAAAAUUGUCUACAGAGAGUAUGAACCACAUUUUAAGAAAGAAAAACCACGACCUAGCAUUUCAGGACUUCUUGGGCCUACUUUAUAUGCUGAAGUUGGAGACAUCAUGAAAGUUCACUUUAAGAAUAAGGCAGACAAGCCCGUAAGCAUCCAUCCUCAAGGAAUUAAGUACAGUAAAUUCUCAGAAGGUGCUUCUUACUUGGACCAUACAUCCCCUGCAGAGAGAAUGGAUGAUGCGGUGGCCCCAGGCCAAGACUACACCUAUGAGUGGGUCAUCAGUGAGGACAGCGGGCCCACACAGGAUGACCCCACAUGCCUCACACAUAUCUAUUACUCUUACAAGAAUCUGACAGAGGACUUCAACUCAGGGCUGAUUGGACCUCUGCUCAUCUGUAAGAAAGGCACCCUCACUGAGGAUGGGACUCAGAAGAUGUUUGACAAACAACAUGUGCUGCUGUUUGCUGUGUUUGAUGAAAGCAAGAGCUGGAAUCCAUCACCAUAUCUAAUGUACACAGUCAAUGGUUAUGUGAAUAAAACAAUGCCAGCUAUCAUAGUCUGUGCCCAUGACCACAUCAGCUGGCAUCUGAUUGGAAUGAGCUCCGGGCCAGAACUGUUCUCCAUUCACUUCAAUGGCCAGGUCCUGGAGCAGAACCAUCAGAAAGUUUCCACUGUCACCUUGGUCAGUGCUACAUCCACUACUGCCAACAUGACUGUGAGCCCAGAGGGAAAGUGGACCAUAUCUUCUCUCAUCCCUAGACAGUUUCAGGCUGGCAUGCAGGCUCACAUUGAUAUUAUAAACUGUCCAAAGAAAACCAGGACUACUAAGAAACUAACCCUUGAACAGAGGCGGUACAUCAAGAGGUGGGAAUACUUCAUUGCUGCAGAAGAAAUCAUGUGGGAUUAUGCACCUAUAAUACCAGCAACUAUGGACAAAAUAUACAAAUCUCUGCACUUGGAUAAUUUCUCAAACCAAAUUGGAAAACACUAUAAGAAAGUUGUUUACAGACAAUACAAAGAUGAAAACUUCACCAAACGCAUGGACAAUCGCAAUAUUAAUCCACAUGGGAUUUUGGGCCCUAUUAUCAGAGCCCAGGUCAGAGACACACUCAAGAUUGUGUUCAAAAAUAUGGCCAGUCGCCCCUAUAGCAUUUACCCUCAAGGAGUGACCUUCUCUCCUUAUGAAGAUGAAGUCAACUCUUCUUCCACCUCAGGCAAUCACACCAUGAUCCGAGCAGUUCAGCCUGGGGAAAUUUAUACUUAUAAAUGGAACAUCCUUGAGUCUGAUGAACCUACAGACAAUGAUGCCCAGUGCUUAACAAGACCUUACUACAGUGAUGUAGAUGUCACCAGGGACAUUGCCUCUGGCCUGAUAGGGCUUCUUCUAAUUUGUAAGAGCAGAUCCUUGGAUAUGCGAGGCAUACAGAGGGCAGCGGACAUCGAGCAGCUGGCUGUGUUUGCUGUGUUUGAUGAGAACAAGAGCUGGUACAUCGAGGACAAUAUCAACAAGUUCUGUGAAAAUCCUGAAAGGGUGAAACGGGAUGACCCCAAGUUUUAUCAAUCAAACAUAAUGAGCACUAUCAAUGGCUUUGUGCCCGAGAGUAUCAUUACUCUAGGGUUCUGCUUUGAUGAUACUGUCCAGUGGCAUUUCUGCAGUGUGGGGACCCAGGAUGAUAUCUUGACCAUUCACUUCACUGGACAUUCAUUUAUCUAUGGAAAGAGGCACGAGGACACCUUGACCCUCUUCCCCAUGCGUGGAGAGUCUGUAACCGUCACAAUGGACAAUGUCGGAACUUGGAUGUUGACUACUAUGAAUUCCAGUCCAAGAAACAAAAACCUCCGGCUGAGAUUCAGGGAUGUUAAAUGUAUCCGGGAUGAUGAUGAAGACUCGUAUGAGAUUUAUGAACCUCUAGCAUUGCCACCCAUGGAUGUACGGAAAAUGCAGUCUCCUUCAGAAAAUGAACAUGAGGAGACUGGUCCAGAUGAUGAUUACCAGGAUAGCCUGGCUUCAUCAUUAGGAAUUAGAUCAUUCAGAAAUUUAACCCUUAAUCAAAAUGAAGAUGAAUUCAAUCUUACUGCCCUUGCUCUGGAGAACAGCUCUGAGCUCAUUUCUCCAAGUACAGGUGUAGUUACAGGCUCCAAUUCUUCCUCAAGAACCACUGUGAAUAACUUCACAGAACCUCAGAAAACCCUUUCUCAUGCAGAAGCUUCCAUAGCUGGUCACCUCCUGGAACACCUCAGUGGCUUAGACAAGAACCCAGUUGUCAGCUCUUCCACAGAAGAGUAUUCCAACCCAUAUUUUGAAGACCAGAUAGAAGAUCCUCUACAGUCAGAUGUCACAGAGAUAAGCCUACUAGAUGCAAGAGGAUUCAGAGAUGGAGAACAUGCUAAACACAAAGAAUUCAGGUCAGAAAGAAACCAAUUAACAAAGCACAGGUUUUCCUGGAUGAAAUUACCAGCCCAUAAAACUGAGAGACAUUCAAAUCAAGACAAUACCUCUUCAAUAAUGGGAACCUGGGAGGAUCUUCCCAGUGAUCUGUUACUCUUAAAACAAAAGAAUCCAUCAAAGAUUUUGGAUGGGCAAUGGCAUGUGGUUUCUGAAAAAGGCAGCUAUGAAAUAAUCCAAGACAAUGAUGAAGACAAGGCUGUUAAUGAGCUGCUGAAUAGCCCCCAGAAUGUCUCCAGGAUUCAGAAAGAAAGCAUUCCACCUGAAAACAAGCCAGGAAAGCAGAGUGACCCCCCAAAAUAUUCUGCAGUUAGACAUAAAUCUCUACAAGUAAGACAGGAUACAGAAAAUAGUGAAUUGAGGAAAAGGCCACUUUUCAUCAGAACACGGAAAAAGAAAAAGGAACCAAAGCUUACACACCGUAUUCCUCUCUCCCCGAUGGGCAUUCACCCCCUCAAAGGACUACGCUACACCACAUUUUCAGACAGGAAACUUAACCGUUCAUUGUUACUCCAUAAGUCCAAUGAAACAUCUCUUCCCAUAGACCUCAAUCAAACACACCCCUCUGUCAAUCUUGUUCAAACAGGCUCACUUCCUGACCAUAAUCUGAGCCCACCAAACAACACUGGUCCAACAAGCUACUCUCCAGAUCUUUAUCAGACAGUGCCCCCAGAGGAACACGAUCAAACAUCUCUUAUUCAAGACCGUGAUCAAAUGCACUCCACUACAGACCCCAGUCACAGGUCCUUUCCUCCAGAGCCCAGCCAAAUGCUCAGCGCUGACUUAAGCCACGAGUUAUACCCUCUUGACAUUGGCCAAUUAUCCCAUGCCCGGGAACGUGAAGAUUGGCAGAUAACUAUGUCUUCAGGGCUCAGUCAAACAUCCUCUUCUUCAAGUCAAUCUCAGAUGACCCUCCCCUCAGACCUCAGCCAGAUGGCCAUCUCCCCAGACAUCGGCCAGAUGCCCCUUUCCCCAAACCUCAGUCAGAAGACCCCCUCCCCAGACCUCAGCCAGAUGCCUCUAUCCCCAGAACUUGGUGAGACCGACCUUUCUUCAGAACUCAGGCAGAUGACCUCCUCCUCAAACUUCAGCCAGAUCCCUCUAUCCCCAGAAUUUGGUGAGACCAGCCCUUCCACAGACCUCAGUCAGACAACCCCGUCCCCAGACCUCAGCCAGAUGCCCCUCUCUCCAGAACUUGGUGAGGCCAACCUUUCUCCCAACCUCAGUCAGAUGGCUCCUUCCCCAGACCUCAGUCAGAUGCCUCUAUCCCCAGAACUUGAUGAGACCGACCUUUCAGAACUCAGUCAGAUGACCUCCUCCCCAGACCUCAGCCAGAUGCCGCUCUCUCCAGAAUUUGGUGAGGCCAGCCUUUCUCCCAACCUCGUUCAGAUGACCCCUUCCCCAGACCUAAGCCAGAUGCCUCUAUCCCCAGAACUUGGUGAGACCAAACUCCCCCGCAAUCUCAGUCAGAUGACCUCCUCUCAAGAUCUCAACCAGAUACCUCAUUCCCCUGGCCUCAGCCAGGUAACUCUUUCUCCAGACAUUACUGAGACAACUCUUCCACCAAAUUCCAGGCAAAAAUUACAUCCUUCAGACCUUGAUCAGAUAUCUUACCCUUCUGAGUCUAGCCAGUUAUUGCCUCUUUCAGAAUUUAAUCUGACUUCUCCUUAUCCAGACCUUGGUCACAUGCCGCCGUCUCCUCUCCCAUCUCCUACCCUCAAUGACACUUUUAUAUCAAAUGAAUUAAACCCACCAGUUGUAGUGGGCCUCAGUGGGGAUGAUGGAGAAUACAUUGAGUUUAUUCCACAGCCAGUCCAAAUCACUGAAGAAAAAGACUAUGCUGAAAUUGAUUAUGUAAACUAUGAUGACCCCUACCAAACUGAUAGGAGGACAGACAUCAACUCUUCAAGAAAUCCCGAUGAUAUUGCAGCAUGGUACCUCCGCAGCAACAAGGGAAACAGAAAGUAUUAUUACAUUGCUGCUGAAGAAAUAUCCUGGGAUUAUGCAGAAUUUGCACAAAGUGAAACGGACAAUGAAGACAGCGAUGACAUUAAAAAAGACACCACAUACAAGAAAGUCGUUUUCCGAAAGUACCUGGAUAGCACUUUUACCAAACGUGACCCUCAGGGUGAAUAUGAAGAGCAUCUUGGCAUUCUCGGUCCUAUUAUUAGAGCUGAAGUAGAUGAUGUCAUCCAAGUUCGCUUUAAAAAUUUAGCGUCUAGACCAUAUUCUCUUCAUGCCCAUGGACUGGCCUAUGAGAAAUCGUCAGAAGGAAAGACUUAUGAAGAUGAUUCUCCUGAGUGGUUUCAGGAUGACAAUGCUGUCCAGCCCAAUAGCAGUUAUACGUAUGUAUGGCACGCCACCGAUCGGUCAGGGCCAGAGAACCCUGGCUCCGCCUGUCGGGCUUGGGCCUACUACUCAGCUGUGAAUCCGGAGAAAGACAUCCACUCCGGCUUGAUAGGGCCCCUUCUGAUCUGCCGAAAAGGAACAUUGCACAAGCAGAGCAACAUACCUGUGGACAUGAGAGAAUUUGUCUUACUCUUUAUGGUCUUUGAUGAGAAAAAGAGCUGGUACUAUGGAAAAUAUAAAAGGGCUUGGAAACUUGAAUCUUCAGAAGUAAAAGACUCCCAUGAGUUCCAUGCCAUUAAUGGGAUGAUCUACAACUUGCCUGGCCUGAGAAUGUACGAGCAAGAGUGGGUGAGGUUACACCUGCUGAACAUGGGCGGCUCCCGAGACAUUCAUGUGGUUCACUUUCACGGCCAGACCUUGCUGGAGAACGGCACUCAACAGCACCAGUUAGGGGUCUGGCCCCUUCUACCUGGUUCAUUUAAAACUCUUGAGAUGAAGGCAUCAAAACCUGGUUGGUGGCUUCUAGACACAGAGGUUGGAGAAAACCAAAGAGCAGGGAUGCAGACACCAUUUCUCAUCAUAGACAAAGAUUGUAAGAUGCCAAUGGGCCUAAGCACUGGUGUUAUAGCUGAUUCACAGAUCAAGGCUUCUGAGCAUCUAAAUUACUGGGAACCCAAACUAGCAAGAUUAAACAAUGGUGGAUCAUAUAAUGCUUGGAGUGUAGAAAAAAGCAAAUUAAAAAUUGCCUCUAAACCUUGGAUCCAGGUGGACAUGCAAAAAGAAGUUGUUAUCACAGGGAUCCAGACCCAGGGUGCCAAACAUUACCUCAAGUCUUGCUACACCACCGAGUUCUAUGUGGCUUACAGCUCUGACCGUACCAACUGGAAGAUCUUCAAGGGAAACAGCACAAAGAAUGUGAUGUAUUUUGAUGGCAACUCAGAUGCCUCUACAAUAAAAGAGAAUCAGUUUGAGCCACCUAUUAUGGCUAGAUAUAUUAGGAUAUCUCCAACAAGAUCCUAUAACAGACCCACACUUCGAAUGGAGCUGCAAGGCUGUGAAGUUAAUGGGUGCUCCACACCACUGGGUAUGGAGAGUGGAAAAAUAGAAAACAAGCAAAUCACAGCCUCCUCAUUUAAAAAAUCCUGGUGGGGAGAUUACUGGGAGCCCUCCCUUGCCCGCCUUAAUGCCCAGGGCCGAGUGAAUGCCUGGCAAGCCAAGGCAAACAACAACCAACAGUGGUUACAAAUUGAUCUGCUCAAAAUCAAGAAGAUCACUGCAAUUGUAACACAGGGCUGCAAGUCUCUAUCCUCUGAAAUGUAUGUGAAGAGCUACACCAUUUACUACAGCAACCAGGGCACGGAGUGGAAACCUUACAGGCAGAAAUCCUUCAUGGUAGACAAGGUUUUUGAAGGAAAUGGCAAUGUCAAAGGACAUGUGAAGAACUUUUUCAAUCCACCAAUCAUUUCCAGGUUUAUCCGCAUCAUUCCUAAAACAUGGACUCAGAAUAUUGCACUUCGCCUGGAACUGUACGGCUGUGAUAUUUACUAGAACUGAAUAUUCAACAAAACAGAAAAGAGUCUUUAAGACCUCAAAGUCUCUAGGGUUGGCAGUGUGUUUUGUGGUUAUUUUAAAUGUUAACAUUUUUCUAUUACUGCCUUUUUUUCUAUUUGAAAUUUUAUUUUAUAUAACAAACUUUUAUAAUGUAACUCACUGAUGCCAUUAAGUGAGAUGGUGGCUACUACUUCUACAAUAAUUUGAAUAUUAGAUGAAAAAUAUCAAGAAGCAGUAAAAAUGGCUUAUUUUUCACAAUGAUUAAAAUGCUAUAUAGAAUAAUAUCCAUGCAGCAUUUAAUACACUUCGUUACACUCUUUUAAAUUCUAUAUACAUUAAUAAAAAAGAUAUUACCUUUGCAAACCA